AUGAGCAAUUGUGAAUCGCUAAUAGAAAAUGCAAUUCUCACGAUGGUCCAUCCAUACCACGACGUAGCCGUACUGCUGGGACAUAAAAUGCUUUGGAAGCUGCCGGCGAUACCCCGGGUCCGUCUAAUGCAAGAGCAAGGUUUCAUUGUCUAA